AUGUCGGCCAAAGAGGGAAAAUACGUCCUGGGCUCCAACCGGGGGCCUUUACUAACUAGCAAUGCUGAAAAUCAAGUCUCUGCGUCUGAAUUGGAAAAGAUCGAGUCUGCCGGUGGUCUUUCGCUGCAUAAAGUACCAACACGCAAGGAGAAGUUUCAGCGACACUGGAAGCGAUUCUGGCUUUUCUAUUGCAUCGGCAAUGUCAUUUUCCUAGCCAUCUUUCUACCCAUUUUCUUUCUCGUCUGCAUCCCGGCCAUCGCACAAAUGGUUGUCAAUAAAUCUGAUCUAUGGGUUGUCAAUGCCGAUGUCUUGCAGCCAAAUCCGGACUCGGUCGUGUUGACUCUACAAUCAAAAGUGGACUUGAAGCUCGCACUUGCUGCGCGGAUCGACCCCCUUGAAUUUCACUUAUUUAUUCGCAAGGAUGGAUUCGGACCCGACUAUCCGUACGCGAACCUUCCCAUCCCAGGGCAGACCAUUAAAGGCAACUAUACUCUCGGCGUCACCGAUAGUUUCACUCCGAUUUUGAAUCAGACCAGUUGGAGGGAGUUUGUUCGGGAGAUCGUGUUCCAAAAGGAAACAACAUUAUCACUAAAAGGCGUGACAAACGCGUAUCUCGGAGUGUUGAAGUCUCAUGUCACUCUGAAUAAAGACGUGACUAUUCCUGCUUUGAACCAGUUCUCAGGACUCUCGAUCUCCGAUGCCACUCUCCUCCUUCCAGCCAAAUCCGACGGUACAAACCUCAUCGGCAAUAUCACACUCCCGAAUCCGACAGUGCUCACCCUGCAAGUGGGCACUCUCAAUCUGGAUAUCUUAAGUGGCGACCUUACGAUCGGCAACGUCAGUCUGAGCGGUGUGACAUUGAAGCCCGGCGACAAUUCAUACCCCAUGAAUGGAAUUCUCGACCUCAAGAAAGUGAUUGGAAACCUGGGUGAGGUUUUGAAGUCACAGGCAUCGCUUCUCAAGACUGGCAACUUGACUUUGCAAGCGAAGGCGACGUCCAUUCAUUGGAACGGCACCUAUGUGCCCUAUUACUCAGACGUUCUCCGUACCCUUACACUCACGAUGGCUGUCGGUGUCGGUGACCUUGUCAAGAAUACUUUGAAGAACUUCCUAGACGGCAAGAAUCUUACAGGGUUGAUCAACAGUCUAAGCACGCGGUCGCUGGAUGGAAGGGAUUCAAGUGGGCCGAUUGAGCUAGCUACACUUAUGAAGCAUGACAAGAGUGUCCAGGAUGCUUUCGAAGAUAUUAGCACAGAGAGGCGUGACGACAUUAUUGACUCUUUAAUUGCAAUGUAUCCGACUCUCUGA